GUUUACCGUGACAUGGUGACUAACUCAAUGAAUGAUUAACCUUGUUAUCGUAUGGAGUAAAGUAUAAUUUAUAGUAUUCUUUAUCCAGUCGUAAUUCAGUAUAGUUCUCUCAUUGCUAGUACCGCGUUGUGUUAACGAAUAUUAACUAAAUAGAUUCACUAUACGAGUGUUAUGCUAAGGUCUAUUUAUAAGUUAAGUAAUUUUGUACCUGGAAAACAUUCAGUGAGGAUGACGAGCAUACAUAGUGCUUAUGUCGAAGAGGUUCAUGAUGUACCCAUGUCAGUAAUUAUACGACCUUUUAUACCAGAAUUGGAUGAAAAUAAAGUGCAAUCAUUGAUGGAAACAAUACAGAAAGAAGAAGCUCAAGGUAUAGUUCCGCCAAUAGACGUGUUGUGGAUCACAGGUUCUGAAGGUGGCGACUAUUACUACAGCUUUGGGGGCUGCCACAGAUACGCUGCAUACAAACGGUUAAACAGACCAACAAUACCUGCCAAACUAAUUAGGUCCACAAUCAACGACCUUCGCUCUUACUUGGGGAGCAGUACACCGGAAUUGAAAUGAGUGUUUUUUAAUACACAAAGAUAAUUAUAAUUUGUGAUGGAUUAUUAAUAUUGCACGUUUUAUAUUUUUAUAUUAUGCAAAAAUAACCUUGCAUGUAGAAAAAAUAUAUCGAUAACAGGAAAUAAGUUCAGCCUGUAUUUAAAACAGGUAACUUUAUUUGUAUUUAAAUGUGUAUUCACGUAAUCGAAAUAAAACUAUGUAUAAUUGCCAA